AUGAGUAUCGCACGAGGAUAUCACACAUCAUCUACAUUAGCAAAUGGAUCAGUAUUAGUUACUGGUGGAAACAGCGGUGGUAAUUCUUUCAACAGUGCUGAAUUAUACAAUCCAUCAACAGGUACUUGGGCAACCACAGGCAAUAUGAGUUUUGCACGGAGCUCUCACAUCGCAUCCAUAUUAGCAAAUGGAUUAGUAUUAGUUGCUGGUGGACUGGGCAACAGUGGUUAUCUCAGUAAUGCGGAAUUAUACAAUCUAUCAACAGGCACUUGGACAACUACAGGCAGCAUGAGUAUCGCACGAUAUUAUCACACAGCAUCCACAUUAGCAAAUGGAUUAGUAUUAGUCACUGGUGGAACCAACAGUGCUGGUGAGCUCAAUACUGCUGAAUUAUACAAUACAUCAACAGAUACUUGGGCAACUACAGGAAGCAUGAACGUCGCACGACACCUUCACACAGCAUCCACAUUAGCAAAUGGAUUAGUAUUAAUUGCUGGUGGACUGGGCAGCAAUGGUUAUCUCAAUACUGCUGAAUUAUACAAUACAUCAACAGGCACUUGGACAACCACAGGAAACAUGAGUACAACACGAGAUUAUCACACAGCAUCCACAUUAGCAAAUGGAUUAGUGUUAGUUACUGGUGGAUACAACAGUGCUUAUCUCAAUAGUCCUGAAUUAUACAAUCCAUCAACAGGCAAUUGGACAACUACAAGAAACAUGAGUGCCGCACGACUAUAUCACGCAGCAUCCACAUUAACAAAUGGAUUAGUAUUAGUUGCUGGUGGCGUGGGCAACAGUGGUCAUCUCAAUAGUGCUGAAUUGUACAAUCCAUCAACAGGCACUUGGACAACUACAGGAAACAUGAGUGCCACACGACAAUAUCACACAGCAUCCAUAUUAGCAAAUGGAAAAGUACUGGUUACUGGUGGACUGGGCAGCAGUGGUUAUCUCAAUAGUUCCGAGCUUUAUUAA